GUAAUUAUCAACAUUGAAUAUUUUCUCUUUCAUUGAGUGUAAAAAUGUAUCUUAUGAUAUUUAUAUUUAUUGCUGUAAUACUGUUUCAAUUUUUACCUAAAUAUUCCCACAAAAUAUCAGUUUUAAUAAGUAAAAUUGUCUACAAAGUUACAGAUGGUGAAAUGAUUAUACGCUCAGAAAUCAAAGAUCUUAAGUUAGAACAAGAUACAAUAAGUAUGACUGAGGAAUUUGCCAAGUAUGCCAAGAUACAGCGUAAAAUAGAUAAGCACACAGCAGAAAUUAAACGAUUAGCUACAGCACGUAAUAACAAAAUAGCUGUCAUUAAUAUAGGAGUAAAAGUAGGAAUAUAUGUUGUUCAGGCGUUAACAAUGUUGGUGAUUAUUAUAACAAACAGAAGCGAGCCAUUGCUGAUGUUCCCAGAGAACUGGUUUUACCCAUUUCAUAAAAUUGUAUCUUUUCCAACAGGGAUUCCUGGUGGGUUAGGAGUGACCUGUUGGAUCAUAGCGUGUAGUACUGCUGUAAACAAAUUCACCAGCCUGUGGUCUCUAAGAAAAUCAGAGGAAGAAAAACAACAGAUUCCUACCACUGAGAGACAACCUCAUGACAUCCCGCUAGACUGAUCUUAUAUAGACUGAACCUAGUCAUGGAGGGUACUAACACACUGCCAGAGUACAGUAUUUAAUGUUGGAUUUGAUAUUACAUUGUGUCUACGGUGAACUGGAUGGACAAUCAAAGUUGAAGAGUUAUGGCUACUGAUUGCCUCCAUAAAUUAUUUCCUUUAAUCAUAAGAAUACAAGUUUAUAAAUAUUUUUCCCUUGAAAAUCUUUAAUGUACGUUUAAUUAUUUUUUGUCCUUCCUAUAACGAUUUUCAACAAAUUUCUGAAAAAUAAAAUAUGCUGUUGAAUAAAAUUUACCUUGCCUGGCAAACUGCCUUAUGUUUCUCUCAAUUAACAUUGGCUUGCAAGUUUUGCUUUUGUAUGGACACUUCAGUAUAUUGUUGGAGAUUUUUAACUCAAAUAA